GUGAGUGAGAGUUGGUCCCUGCCCUAGAGGGGGAGAGAAGACAGGGAGAGCGAAGGGGAGAAGAGAGGGAAGGAAGCAAGAUUAGGAGACAGCAGGAGAAGUCAGAGAGUGGGGGAAGUCAAGUCAGAGGAGGCCAGAGAGAAACAGCAGAAUUGGAGAGACCAGAGUAAAGAUCCAGGGGGAAGGAGAAGACAAUAGUUAAGAAGUUUUUGAAGAAAUUUUGGUUCAAAAAGUUUUAAUUUUUUUAGGAUCGGGAAAGGGGCAAAGGGAGGUGAAGGGAACAGUGUAAGUGGUAUGGACAGGGACCUUGGCCUGGAUAAGUCAGGACCCCACAACACAAUGCGGAUUUUGGAAACUCCGGAGCUUCCUCACAGCAGGAAGAACUUUAGUGUCAGCCACCUCUUGGACCUGGAGGAAGCGGCGGCCGCAGGGAUGCAAGGCUCCCGAGAUCUGCGGCCGCCGAACGAGGAGGAGGACAAGGACCCCAUGACAGGGGGCAGCAGCGAUAGCGAAGUGACGGUACAGGAAGGUGAAAGCUCCCUCUCGGGAUGUGCGAAGAGUGCUCGGAUUAAGAAGAAGCAGAGGAGGAACAGGACAACUUUCAAUAGCAGCCAGUUGCAAGCCCUGGAGAGAGUGUUCGAGAGAACUCACUACCCUGACGCCUUUGUCCGAGAAGAUUUGGCCAGACGGGUUAACCUGAGUGAAGCCAGGGUACAGGUCUGGUUUCAGAAUAGACGAGCCAAGUUUCGUAGGAACGAACGGGCUAUGCUGGCCAGCCGGUCUUCCUCCCUCCUAAAAUCAUACAGUCAAGACCCCAUUGUGGAGCAGCAGAUCAGCCCCCGACCAACCAACCUGGCACCAGACUUCCUGUCUUGGAACUCAAACAGCUACAGCACUAGUUUGCCGCCUUACAACCCGAACACCAACUCUGUUCCUACAACACUGCCUAACCAAGGUGUCAACAUGGCCGACAGCAUCGCCAGCCUACGUCUCAAAGCCAAGGAGUUCAGUCUGCACCACAGCCAGGUGUCCACCGUCAACUGAACCCUAGUUAGACAGACACAAAACUAUAACUAAGCCAGCCACGAGGCACAGGGUGUGCUGGACACGCCAGGCAUGAGCCCAUGGCCACCAACGAAAAAUGAUGUGGCUCCAUUUUCCAGCUUCCGUUACUGCAAGAAGAUGCUGUGCUCUAUGUGACAAUACGACCGAAGUCCAGAAAAUGGUCACCUGCCUGCUCUUGUGUCAUAUAUUUCAUGACAGGAUUCAUUCAAGCCAGGCCGCGUCUAAGGUCCAGACAUUGACCACGAGGACGGGACUCUUCAGAAUUUUUUGAUUUUUUUCUUGUGACUGUAGAUAUUUUAUACUUUAGACUUUCUUAUCAGUAAUCAGAAUUUUUACCCAUUUUGUCUACCUUCCUCAUUAGUCCUCUGUUAUCUAUGCUUUCCCUGUGUCUUGGUACGCACUGUAUAUAUGUAGAUACAUACUGUGCUCUGUAAAUAUAUCAUUUUAUACAAUUAUCAGUGACCUUGGGGCAGACAAUGUACACGCCUUGAGAUGAUGGCUGAAUCUUUCAUUUUUCUACCAUGUUUAAAAUCUAAUCAUGUCUGGAAGCUCAAAUUUACCAUCUUGUAUCAGUAUCCAUUAAAUAUGAGUAUACAUAG